AUGGAGGCUGCGGGGCCGCCUCAAGAUAGGAGGUGCUGCUGGGAGGCCCUGAAGAAAAUCUUCCCUCGCCUCUGCUUCCACUGUUCCCUGGUGACGUACGCGCUGGUGGGUGCCGCGCUCUUCUCAGCCAUUGAGGGCAGCCAGGACCUGGGGGCAGAUGACCCGGAGUUUGAGGAGUUCCUGGAGAAGCUCUGUGACAUCUUGAAAUGCAACAGAACAGUUGAGGAAGGCAGGAAGCGGGAUCUCGGGAAGCUGCUGCAGAAGGUGAAGCCCCAGUGGUUUAGCGGGUCUGCAGACUGGUCCUUCCUGAGCUCACUGAUUUUCUGCUGCACAUUUAUCAGCACAGUGGGUUGCGGCAACACCUACCCUGUCACCAGGCUCGGCGAGUACCUGUGCAUGCUCUGUGCUCUCUUGGGCAUCCCCGUGAUGUUCCUGGUCCUCACAGACACAGGCGACAUCCUGGCAGCCAUCUUAGCCAUGUCCUACCACCAAUUCCAAAAACUCCCUUUCCUCCCCCCUCCCCUUCCCAAGUGGCACUCUGGACCCCCCUGCGAAAGAAGACCUGACACCAAUCCCGUAGACAGAGCCAUUCCGAGGAUUGCCAUCAAUGACCCAGAGCUCCCGGGCCCCAAACCUGCCCCCUCAAUCCCAAGCAGCAACAUGGAGCUGUUCGAGAGACUUCUAGCACAAGAGAAAGGGAACACACUGCAGGUGCCCCCUCAGGCCAUGGAGAGGAGCUCUUCGUGUCCUGAGCUGGUGUCCGGGAGACUCUCGUACUCCAUCAUCAACAACCUGGAUGAGGCGGGGAGGCAGGUGGAGAGGCUGGACAUCGCCUUCCCCAUCAUCGCCCUCGUGGUCUUCGCCUACCUUUCCUGUGCAGCUGCCAUCCUCCCCAUCUGGGAGAAGCAGGUGAACUUCGAAAAUGCCUUCUAUUUCUGCUUUGUCACGCUGACCACCAUUGGGUUUGAGGACAUUGUUUUAGAACACCCUCACUUCUUCUUCUUCUUCUCCAUUUAUAUCAUCGUUGGGAUGGAGAUUGUGUGCAUGGCUUUCAAGUUGGUGCAAAACAGGCUGAUUCACAUCUACAAAAAUGUCAUGCUGUUCUUUGCAAAUGGGAAGUGUUACAAUCCUUUUAAAAAGUGA